UUCUUUGCGAUCAAGAAAUCUCACAUGCCUCUAGUUUUGCGGUGAAGUAUUCACAGAGUCACCCUAAUGCUUGUACCUCAAUGGCAGACAAUGAGCAUUCUGAUUCCUAUAAAUACCCGACGUGCACUGUUGGGUUUCCUGCAUCGCUUUGGCUUCUAAAUCUUUUUCCAUCUCUCCGGGUGUUUUGCUUUGCUGAGAAAUUGCGAAGAUGAUGGCCAAGAUCAGCUACGUGUUCCUUAUCCUGCUCGUCUUUGUCGAAAGCUCGAUGCAACAGUUUUUUCAUGGAGGUUCUGUCUUUUGCUUACCGGGGACUCGCUGCCAAUUGAAAGAGAUAAGUUGCCCAAAAGAAUGCCCGAGCCCUUACUCCAUGAGCAAGAAGAACAAAGCUUGUUAUGCGGACUGCAAUUCGCCCACUUGCUCUUCCCAGUGCAGACAACGGAAGCCGAACUGCGAUGGCAUUGGAUCAGCAUGCUAUGAUCCUCGUUUCAUCGGUGGAGAUGGCAUCGUCUUCUACUUCCACGGCAAGAAAGAUCAAACUUUCAGUCUAGUUUCGGACACCAAUCUCCAACUCAAUGCCCGCUUCAUUGGCCACAGGCCGACCGGUCGCUCCCGAGACAACACAUGGAUUCAAGCACUCGGAAUCCUCUUCAACUCCCAGUCCUUUUCCCUGGAGGCAAUGAAAGCCGAGGCAUGGGACGAUGAAGUCGACCAUCUCAGUUUCAGUUACAACGGCAAGGAGAUAGAACUAACACAGAGCCCUAUGUCCACAUGGCACUCCGAGGCUAGGGACAUAAAGGUCGAGAGAAUAGCAAGCAAGAACAGCGCGAUAGUGACUCUGAAAGACAUGGCCGAGAUCAUGGUGAACGUGGUGCCGAUCACGAAAGAAGAAGACAGGGUUCACAAGUACAUGUUGCCUUCGGAUGACUGUUUCUCUCACCUGGAAGUGCAGUUCAAGUUCCUGGGCCUGUCCCCAAAGGUCGAAGGCGUGCUUGGCCGAACCUACCAGCCUGAUUUCGUGAACCCGGCGAAGCCCGGCGUGGCAAUGCCGGUCGUGGGCGGCGAAGACAAGUAUAGGACCAGCUCGCUCCUCGCUCCGGAUUGCAAGCUUUGCAUGUUCUCUCCAGGAAGCGAAGCCGCGAACCGAGAGAGCGCGUUGUCGAGCGACCAGUCCGGCAUAUUUGACUGCACCCGCGGUUUCGCCGCUGGCUCUGGCUAUGGCAUUGUUUGCAAGAAAUGAGUACUGUCACCACGACAGACGCUUCUGCUUCGCUAGUUACGUGUCUGAAAUAAGUGAACGAAAAGCGGCCAAAGGCACAAUGAUGUCGCAUCACUUCGUUCACAUUGUUCUGCUUUGUCUGUUUUUCCUGAACACGAGAUGUCAUGUGUAUUGUC